UGUCUGUUCUCGUUUUUAACCUAUUCGCACGUGCAAUUCUUAUAUUUUGCUGCACUUUGCAAUUUUUGCAUUAAAAAAAGAAUAUUUCCAUUCAAAAUUUUCAAUUAAAAAGAAUAAAAUUAUUAAAUAUAAUUAUGAAUAAUCAAUAUAUAAAAUACGCUCUCUACGGUCUAUCAACGGUCAUAGCAACCGAACUUGUUUAUAACUACUUCCGCCGGUGGAUGAAACGCUGCGCUGAAAUACGUGCAUCCCGAACCGAAUCGGAAAUUGCCGAUGUUAUAUGGAUAAAUGAGCAUACCCAAGAUUGUGCUGUUAAAAGCGAAAAGAAUUCACCAAAAUUCUUUCACAAUGGCAACAAAUGCAAAAAUAUGUUCUGCUAUCCUCGAAAUAUUCGAAAAAUCAUUAAAUUCAUUGACAACGCGAAGUAUUCCAUCGAUCUUUCCAUGUAUAUAUUUACGUCGAAUGAAUUGGCUCUGGCAUUUCAUCGGGCUAUAAAACGAGGUCUACAAAUUCGUAUUGUAAGUGAUCAGGAGAUGUGUUUCUCCUCCGGGUCACGAAUUACAGAAUUAACAAAGUGCGGUAUUCCCGUUCGUUUUCCUAACGCAACAAAUAUGCUAAUGCAUCAUAAGUUUUGCAUAUUAGACGGUCCGGGUCGGUCGCGUGCAUUAUCGAAAAUGCAAAAAAAGCCAUUCGAAAAUUCACAGGGAAUCCUCUUCACUGGCUCGCUAAACUGGACUCAUCAGGGAUUUAAUGCCAAUUUUGAAAAUAUGUUAAUCACUUCGAAUUCAAAAUUAGUUGAAAAAUUUGAAGAAGAAUUUGAACGAAUGUGGUUAUCAUUCAAUGGGCAAGAUCUCAAUUCAUAAAUUGCAUCCUAAAUGUGAGUUAAAUAUUGUAUUAAACAUUGUGAUUUAUGAUUACUUUUGUAAGGCGAUUAGAUUUAA